ACAGCCUUGAAACUCACACACACCAUCCUCCAAUUAUUGCUUGUGCGCAACUCUCACCAUUACCUUAUACAUACACAGUUCAUAAGUCGAUGGAUUUCAAUUUAUCUCCCCAACCUGCCGACACCACUGUCUAUGAAGGCGACGCCGGCGGAUACUACUCUUGGACAGGGGCCAAAUCUCCCGCGAUUCCCCAGGCCAAGGUCGCCGCCGGAAAACUGGUUUUGCGUCCGCGCGGCUUUGCUCUGCCGCACUACGCAGACACUUUUAAGAUCGGUUAUGUUGCCCAAGGUACAUGCAUAGUAGGACUUGUCUUUCCAAAUGACCCACAAGAGAAAGUCCUGAUAAUCAACAAAGGGGACGCCAUUCCGGUGCAAAUGGGGGCUAUUUCCUGGUGGUUCAACGGUGGUGAUUCCGAUUUCACCAUAAUAUUUUUAGGUGAGAGUAGCCAAUCCUACAGUCCAGGCCAAUUCGACUACUUUUUCCUGACAGGGCCCAUCGGUGUUCUGGCAACAUUUUCUCCUGAAUUUAUUACUAAAAUAUUUCACUUGAAAGAGUCGGAAACGGAGACGCUAGUACACAGCCAAGCUAAUCCGUUGCUUGUCAAGCUUGAUAAAGGAAUAAAUAUGCCCAAUCAAUCCAAUUGCGACACUAGAGAAUAUGUUUUCAAUUUGGAUGAUUUAAUUUCUUCUGGAGUCAAUUAUGCUGAAAUAACUGCCGAAAAUUUUCCUCUGCUUGAAAAAAUUGGGCUUAGUGCUAGCCUGGUGAGGCUAGAAUCUCACUCUAUCCUAAACCCGUAUUAUAAUGUGAACGGAUCUCAAAUCAUUUAUGUCCUAAAAGGCAGUGGUCGGGUUCAAAUCAUGGGCCUUAAUGGUACCCGAGUCUUGGAUGCCGACGUGCAAGAAGAUCAGGCAUUCGUGGUGCCAAAGUUCUUCGCAGCAACUCAAUUAGCCGGUGAACAUGGAAUGGAAUUCUUUUGUCUUUCCACGUCUUCAAGGCCGAUAGUAGGGCAAUUGGCUGGAAAAGAAUCGGCUUGGAAAGCUUUAUCGUCGCCCGUCCUCCAAGCUGCACUUAAUGUAUCUCAAGAAUUCGUAGCAUUUUUCAAAUCGAAAAUUAAUUUAUAAAACUGUUAGUUGUUACUUUUAAGAAAUGCGCUUUAUAUUAUUUGGAUUGUACCUGUAAUAAGGAGGUGGGCACCUCCCAAGUGUGUUUCUGGGGAUGAAGUAUUGUAUUUUCUAAUAUGAAUUCUACACAAUAAUUGUGUGUUUCUUAUAUUGUAACAAAAACAUUGGUAUUGAUAGUAUUCUUAAGUUUAUU